AUGGUACCAGACACCUAUGGUAACCAGACACCCAUGGCAUCAGACACCCGUGGCACUAAGGGAACCGUGGCACCAGGCACCCGUGGCACCAGGCACCCGUGGCACCAGACACCCGUAGCACCAGGCACCUGUGGCACCAGACACCCGUGCCCGUGGCACCAGACACUCAUAGCACCAGACAACCGUAGCACCAGGCACCCGGCACCAGAUACCUGGGUGGCACCAGACACCCAUGGUACCAGACACCCAUGGUACCCAGACACCCAUGGUACCAGACACCCAUGGCAUCAGACACCCGUGGCACUAAGGAACCGUGGCACCAGGCACCUGUGGCACCAGGCACCCGUGGCACCAGACACCUGUAGCACCAGGCACCCGUGGCACCAGACACCCAUGGUACCAGACACCCAUGGUACCAGACACCCAUGGCAUCAGACACCCGUGGCACUAAGGAACCGUGGCACCAGGCACCCGUGGCACCAGACACUCAUAGCACCAGACAAAGUAGCACCAGAUACCCGUGGCACCAGACACCCAUGGUACCAGACACCAUGGCAUCAGACAGUGGCACCAGGCACCCGUGGCACCAGGCACCCGUGGCACCAGGCACUCAUAGCACCAGACACCCGUAGCACCAGAUACCCGUGGCACCAGACACCCAUGGUACCAGACACCCGUGGCACCAGACACCCAUGGUACCAGACACCCAUGGUACCAGACACCCGUGGCACCAGGCACCCGUGGCACCAGGCACCCGUGGCACCAGACACCCAUUGA